CUUUUACUUUCACUUGCACUUUCAUCGCUAAAAUACCCUAAAAUAUUUCUGCACAAACAAUUCUGCACAGCGGCGGAGCCGGAGGCACCUCUACGGCGACUUGUCCGAUCACAUCCAGCUUUCUCUAGUUCCAUAAGCACUGUGUGAGAUGGCAGGAAGAAAUCGCAUUCCUCGGGAAGCAUUUGAUAACCGCCGGGGCUUUCCUGCAGAAGGGCAUAUUGCCCGGGGUCCUAUGCCUCGACCCACUCCUCAUCCUGCCUUGUUAGAGGAGGAACUUGAAAUACAACAUCUUGAGAUACGCAGACUUCUGGGUGAAAACAGGAGAUUAGUUGAAGAUCGAAUAGCUCUUCAACGGGAAUCAGCUGCUGCAAAGGAGGAGGUAUAUCGAAUGAACCUUGCCAUAGGUGAUAUGCAAGCGGAGCAUGAGAUUCGCUCCAGGGAACUUAUCGAAAGAGGUUUGAAGCUUGAAGGAGAUCUUCGAGCUACAGAACCUCUGAAAAAUGAGGCUAAACAGCUCCAUGUUGAAGUUCAGAAGCUUAAUAUUAUGAAGCAGGAUCUAACUGGCCAGGUACAGACCCUCACCAAGGACCUUGCCAAGCUACAAGCUGAUAGCCAACAGAUUCCUCAUUUCAGGGGUGAGAUUGAUGGGCUGCAUCAAGAGCUUUUGCGCGCUAGGUCUGCCAUUGAGUACGAAAAGAAGGCAAAAGUUGAACUCAUGGAUCAGAGACAGGCAAUGGAAACAAAUUUGGUUACUAUGGCACGUGAAGUUGAGAAGCUACGAGCUGAGCUUUCUAAUUCUGAUGGUAGAGCAUGGGCUGCAGAUGAAAGCUGGAAGCUUUGUUCAAUUUACCUUUACUUUUAUCUUGCUGUCUUUAUGCAAUGGUAUGACAUUUGUGGGCGGCUGUUGUUAAGGAAACACUCAAGGAUCGAGUUACCCAACUUGAUGGCAAGGGGACAAGUGUAGACGAUGGCAGAAAGGCUGUGGGAGCUCAUGACGUCUGAUUUAAGCAAUGCCUAUGAUAAAGAGGGGUCUAGGAACUCAUGACGAUCUGAUGUAAGCCAAUCUGAAUUGGGGUAUUUCUGAAUGAGAUUGAAUGGUCAGCAAAAGCAAUUUAAUUGACAUUCCCACUUAGGGCUGAGUUGAAGGGCGUUCUUAUAAUUGGGAGGAGCUUUUGACUGUGAAUCAGCUCACAUCCCGGCAUCCUGGAUAACUAAAUCAACAUAUGUGAGUCGCAUAACAAAAAUUUCAAAUGGACUGACAUGUUUUUAAACAUAUUUAUGCUCCCAGAGGUUGUGUUUAUGAGCAGUAACACAAUGUUGUGCAUGCAAAAGCGGGA